GUACCCAGCUGCACCGCAUUGCUGCUGCUGCCGCUGCCUCCUCCGGCUGACCCAGCCCACUGAACUACCAGGCUCCUUCUUUUUCACACGCCUCUGAUAAAGCCCUCACAGUCUCAGCGUCCUCCAGUCUGGUAACACGGAGUCUUCAGAGCCGGAUUUAUUUCUCUCUCUCUCUCUCUGUGUCUCUCUGCAGCUGCUGCCUCAUCGUCCACCACCACUGAGACCUUGGACCCAUGUUCAAACUUGUGUUCUCCGUCUGACCGCGGCUCCUCGUGCCGUUUCCAUCAUGGGUGUUGACUGAACCGAAGAGUCCGCUCCGCGCUGCCUUCAUCCGAGGAUGCACUGGUGACGAUUACAGCCGCGCUCACGUAUUUCCAGGAUCAUGGUUCUACAGCCUGGGACGUUGUUGGUGUUCCUCGCACACGCACACGUGUUGUUAUCCUUGAGGAAUGAUCUUGAAGUGCGGACUAAUGAAGGUGGAACCGCCGGCGCGCGCUCCGUCAGCAGGACUUUCCACGCGUCACUGCGCGAAAGUCACCAGAACAGAGCCAGGGACCGUGCGCUCCCGCCGGGAUCCGCCACAGGUGCGUCUCUGGCAGGCUCCAGAGGGACCCUCAACUCGUCUCACCCCUGGAAACGAGUCCCUGCGGGGGAGACGAGGCGCAGCGGACACAACAGACGGGACUUUAACAGGACAGUGACGCCCGGUGAGGAUCUGGACGUUGUCUCGCAUUGGGACGCGACGCGCCGUCACAGUAAGAGGACAAAGUUGAAUGGCGCUCUUAGUACUGUGAGGACGCCAGCAGGUGGACACUACAAUGCCGCUAAGUCCUCUUCAAUGGGCCGGGGAGAUGGAGAUGGAGGAGGGGGCCCCGAUGAGGGCGACAGGCACAAGAGAGGCACAAAAGAUGAGCAGAAGAAAGCCCAGAAGAGGGGGCGAUUCAGGCUGAACAAAGGGGCAAUGCUUCAGGCUGAACCCCACGCGUCACCGUGGGAACCCAUCCCCAAACCCUUGGCCCUCACCUCCACAGACGUGCCCUUCGACCUUUUCACUAGAAGACCAGAGUUUUUCACUUUCAGGGAGGAGAACCCCUGGGACGCCACUCCGAUCACUCCUCCGAGUCCCCAGGAUUUUGGGAACGAGAUCAAGAACCCGUUUUACCCCGUGACCAGCGAGACCGUUGGGGCGUACGCGAUCACCUGUGUGGCCGGGAUUAUUUUCCUCGUGGGCAUAGCCGGCAACAUCGCCAUCCUGUGCAUCGUGUGUCAGAACUACUACAUGAAGAGCAUCUCCAACUCCCUGCUGGCUAACCUGGCCGUGUGGGAUUUUGUCCUCAUCCUCUUCUGCCUCCCCAUGGUGGUUUUCCACGAGCUGACCAAGUCCUGGCUGCUGGGAGAGUUCACCUGCAAAGUGGUGCCCUACGUGGAGGUGGCAUCUCUGGGUGUGACCACCUUCACCCUGUGCGCACUGUGUAUCGACCGCUUCCGUGCAGCCACCAACGUCCAGAUGUACUAUGAAAUGAUAGAGAACUGCACAUCCACGACUGCCAAACUCGCCGUUAUUUGGAUCGGUGCCCUGCUCCUGGCCCUCCCCGAGCUCCUCAUUCGACAGCUGGUAGCCGAGGAUACGGGAAUUCCGGACGAGCCUCCCGAGGAGCGCUGCAUCAUCAGGAUAUCCACCACACUCCCUGACAUGCUCUACGUCCUGGGCCUCACCUACGAAGGCGCUCGGCUGUGGUGGUGCUUCGGCUGCUACUUCUGCCUGCCCACCCUCUUCACCAUCGGGUGCUCCCUGGUAACGGCUCGCAAGAUCCGGCGCGCGGAGCAGGCCAGUGUUCGCAGCAACAAGAAGCAGAUCCGUCUGGAAAGCCAGAUGAACUGCACCGUCGUCGCCUUGGCGAUCGUGUACGGCGCGUGCGUGGUGCCCGAGAAUAUCUGCAACAUAGUGUCCGCCUACAUGGCGGCCGGCGUCCCUGAGAACACCAUGUCUAUCCUCCAUCUUCUCUCACAGCUGCUGCUUUUCUGCCGGGCCGCCGUCACGCCGGCGCUGCUGCUCCUUCUCUGUCGCCCCCUGGGCAGGGCCUUCUUAGACUGCUGCUGUUGCUGCUGCUGCUGUAACCACUCGCCCUCCUCCGCCACAGCCAGUGACGAUAACGAACACGAGUGCACCACUGAGCUGGAGCUGUCCCCGUUCAGCACCAUCCGCAGGGAGCUGAGUAACUACACACCUGCCGGCUCCAACUGCUAAAAAUGACAUUCCACGUUAGGAGACCUUUCCCUCGCCCGCAAUUCGCCCACGGCCAUUAGUUUUCACAUUGGGCUAAAGGGACAUUUGCCUUACUUAAUCUGGUCACAGAAGGGAGUUGGACACUGAAUAAUCAAGUACUGCCAGUGUCCCACCGUCCUCAACCCUCAGUCUUCUUACUCUAACGUUAACAGUGUAACUUUAAUGUCCGAGGAACACUAAGAGAAAAUUAAAUCCUGGUUCUGUUCAUGCCCUGUGGUGCUCCUUAAAAACAGGGUCAUAACAAUCCUGCCUAAAACCUUACAAACCUCCCUCCUGUUGACCUUGUACGCCAAAACAUCUCUGGACACUCGUCUGACGUCUGGAGGCUUGAAUCGAGUUUUUCCAAAAGUCUUUUCUUCACGAUUCUGCGAUGAACCUCCUGGACUCAGUGAUGCGCAGGUGACGGGUCGACUCUAGCGUGAUGUAAUCCCAGUUGAAGUCGACUAGUCGCUGAUGACUCUACAAGUCUUUUUCAGUCAUUUAACUUCAUGCAAUAGCUGUGCGUCCCAAUACAGCAACCUGCCCAAAAUGUAGCCACCCAGUUAGCUAACUUCCUCUUGACACUGUGGACAAAAUGUUUUCAAAAUCCCUGCAGAAAAGCCCCCCUCCCACAAAUCCCACCUCAGCAUUUACUGCUUCUCCCCCAUUAUCACCCUCUGUCACCACAUUAGGCAAAGUAAUGCAAUUUCAAAUCAAACUCUCGCGGAUUACAGUUGUCCUAAAAUUUGACGGCGGGGCCGGGCCAGGAGCAGAUAAAUAGAGAGUUCGUAUGAAUUAAAAUAAAUGACAUGUAAAAGUCAUAAAGGCUAAAAUGCUUAAAAUAGUUAAGCCUUUUUUACGCCAUCUAUUGGAGAAAUGUGGGCAUUGCAGGGAAAAGGCAGAAGUAAAUGAUAAUAGAAAUUAAUUAACAUCAUUUGGACAAGUUUGGCGGGCCAGAUUAAAAAGCCAAACGGGCCACAUUCGGCCCCUGGGCCUUAGUUUGCCCAUGCCUGAUUCAAAUCAAUGGCGUCCAAACCAUGUGAUCAGCGACUUGUCUACGACAACUGAAGUCAGCUAGUUGACUUGUUGAUUAGUCUGUUCAACCACUAAUAGCUGAUGGUAAUUAUGCUGUGCCAUGUAGAAAUGAUAGCGAAGGCGUGGUCGAAGAGUAAAAGCGUUCGUAAUGAUCAACGAUCGUGGCCAUCAUAAAUAUUGCAUACGGGGAAAUGGAACUGCAAAUUGCCUUCCCGACGUGUCACCGAUGAAACGAUGAGGUCGAAGCCUAUUAAUCAAAGACAACCUCAGACAAUAUUUCAAACCCAGCAUGCAGUGGGGCAGACACUGCCUACAGUUGUACAGGACCGGCUUCACGGACUACAGCCGCUUCAUAUGGUGCUCACAUCUGAACAAGGCUUCAGAUAAUUAAACUGGAGGACGUGGCGGCGGCGGCAAUGACAGAUUGCACGAUGAGAAAAAAAAAGGAAAGAAAAAAAAACACAGAAGAACACAAAUGUACACAUCUUCAUUAGACACUGUAUAAUGAAAACCUAUCCACACAGCACUGGGCUGGACUCAGGACAACAGCAGCAUCAAGUCUGAGACCCAGUGAACUCACAGGAGAGGUGAAGACAACGGAGCAGGUUAAUGGAACGUGACGAAGUAGGAUGUAAUUAAAAGGGACGGCGUGGGCGUGGAGCGGACUGAAAAUGGACGUCUGCACUUCAGCUGUGCUAUCAUGUUGCAGCCCAUGCUGUCAGCUGGGUAUAAAUACUGUACACUGUAUCUCUGGUGCUCUUUUGGACGAAAACAAA